CUUCACUUACGGCAGGCACUCAGACAGGCUGGUGUUGCAGUGUGCUUGUCUGCUCAGAGCCAUGCAAGGCUAGAGCUGUGUGUGUGAGUGUGACCAUGUUAAACAGACAGGAUGAGGCGGACAGGACCCUGUUCGUGGGGAAUUUAGACUGCAAUGUCAAGGAGGAGAUCCUCUACGAGCUCUUUCUGCAGGCUGGACCAUUGACCAAAGUAAACAUUGCAAAAGACAAAGAAGGCAAUUUUAAGUCGUUUGGUUUUGUCUGCUUCAAACACACUGAAUCUGUGCCUUAUGCCAUAUCCUUGCUGAACGGCAUCCGUUUAUAUGGAAGACCAAUUAAACUUGAUUAUCGUUUUGGUAACUCUCGCUCUUCUGAAUCCACCAGUCCCUUGCAAAGUCCAGAGAAUGGUUUUGUUGCCAAUACACCUGGCUCUGGCAUGGUCAGAGGUGGAGACAAUUAUCCUCUGUCUCCCUCAAUGGCCGGUAUAGACCAUGGCUAUUUGUCACAGGCAUAUUUAUACUUCUGUAGUAUGAUGAACCCGUUUUUAGCUUUUCAGAAUGCUGCUUAUGGAUUAAUGACCCAGGAAUCCCCAAAUUACAUGCCAAGUCUUCAAUGGAACAAGGACAGUUUCUUUCAAGCCUAUGAAAAAUCAGGAUCUAGUUCCACUGCUGGACCUAGUUCUGUCAACUGGGGCCAGACAAACCCAAGCAACUCCAAAUGGUGCCAAAGACCAGAGGACACUAGAAAAAGAAAAGCAGAUACAGAAACCAGGGAAACCAGUAGUGACGAAUCAGUCUGUAGCAGCAAUCCACCGGAGCAAACUCCAACAUCUAAAAAGCACAAUGCUAAAAGAAGAUGUUGAUUUUAUGUUGCACUAAAUCAAGUAGUCCUUGAUCUGUUGUAGGACUGCAAUUUUAUGGUGCUUUGCUAGCUUCAAAGCUAAGAAAGCCCCAUGAUGAGUUGUAAUUCUAAAACAUCUGAAGAUUUACCUGUUGGCCACCCAUGUAGUAUAAGAUGAUUGUCCAAUAUGUAGAAUUCUGCUACACAAUGGACCAAAGCUAAAGUAUCCGGUGUUAGAAGCUGUGAGUUAUGACUAUAUUUUGCUAUUUAUGCAAAUCUCCUCUGCACUUUCUAUGGGUCAAGAAAAUAUUUUAGUUAUGCAAGAAUAUACUAAAAUCUUGUGGGAUUUAUUCACUAAACGUGUUGUAAGGAAUUGAAAACUAAAUUGCAAAAUUGAAGCUAAAAUAACACUGCAAAUGUUGC